AUGGUGGGGUUCCCAGUCCUCCUCCUUCGGGCCCACCGCCACCAGUGGCGCCACGUGCGCCGGAGGAGCUGCCCGAGGGGGAUUUGUUCAUGGUGGUACCAGGGCCAGCCCCUCUGCAGAGAGCCCGUGGGGCCGUCUCUGGGGGAGAAGGUUCCCACGUUUGUGCCGCUGUCGGAGGCUACGAUCUGCAUGAGCUGCUUCUCCGACUUCAGCCUCACUUCUCCGAGUCAGCACUGCCACAGCUGCGGGAGGAUCAUUUGCCGAAACUGCUGCAAAAACAGAUUUCCCCUGAAGUACAUGAGGUAUCGAAUGUCCAAAGUGUGCGACCGCUGCUACAGUGAGCUGAAGAAGAGAGCAGAGGAGCCGAGUGCCGUCAGUCCGCGGCCGUCCCGCUCGAGUCGCCCUCUGUCUGCGGUGUUCCAGAACAUCCACGCUCCCAGACACCUGUGGAGACACCGCAGAGGAACGCUCUCUUUCAACCAGGUGAUGGUCUGUGAGGAGGGGGCGCUCAGUGGGACUCUUCAGCGCAGCAGAACCAAGAGGAACUGGAAACGACUGUGGUUUCUGCUCAAAGACAAAGUGCUGUACACCUACAGAGCUCGAGAGGAGAAAAUCGCGGCGGAGACUUUGCCGCUGCUGGGAUUCACAGUCAAACCUCCCGACAGAGUUGUGGGUGACGACGAGCCCACGGUGUUCCAGCUGUAUCACAAAAACACACUUUUCUACACGUUUAAAGCAGAGGACAACUUCACCGCACAGAGAUGGGCCAACGCCAUGGAAGAAGCCACGGUUUUAUAG